GUGCUAGUGAUAUCUGUUACCCGAUUCUUUAUGAAAUUAAGUUCUCUUCAUUUCAAAAUGAUCUCAUUCAGUGUGGGCCCUGUGCCAGUUACCUUCGCCGCUGGGUGCUAUUGGGGUGUAGAGAAAUUCUUCUGUGACAAGUUCAAAGACGCGAUUGUGGCAAAACAGGUUGGGUUUAUGGGCGGCCACGAUAUCCCUGGCGGGGUUACCUACGCUAAAAUCGUAAAGGGUGAUACUGGUCAUGUGGAAGUAUUGCAUUUCAUAUAUGAUUGCACCAAUGUUUCAUACGAGGACCUUCUAGAGUUUUUCUUCCGAAUUCACAACUCUACGACACCGAACCGGCAAGGCGUUGAUAUUGGGACCAAUUAUCGAAGCGCUAUUUUUUAUCAUAACAGUGAACAAAAGGAAGCCGCAGAAGAUUACAUCGCUAAGCUAAACGGCACACAUUGAGCAUCAAGAUUACUUCAACCAAAACCUUUACGUCCAUUGUGACCAUCGGAUUUAUUACUAAUGCUACUGGCAAAACCUAAUUGAGCAAAAAGAUACCGAAUUAUAUCUUUAUAUUUAUCUCUCCCUCACUAUAUGACUAGGGAUGUUAAACCCAGAAACCCAAAAUAACCUAUAAAAAUCGAAAAUAGUUUUGAUAUUCACAUCUGUGUUGUAUGGAAAAUUUAUUCACCUCUAUUUUUGAGUGUUUAUAGUAAAAUUAAUAUACAAACAUGACAUAUAGUCAUUAUCUUCACAUACUAUAUGCCUAUCUAUCUUAAUUAAUCUUUUGCUUUGAUAUUUUGGGAACCCAUACGAAGGAUUUUAAAUUGUCAAAUCCAUCUAAUAGGGUUACUUCUCUUUCUA